AUGAUCGACAGCGCACCUCCGCUGGUCGAGGAGAAGGAGCUCGUCCGCUUCGAGCGUGCACAAGAAUACCUCUCGCUGCUGUCACAGCUGGUCCCCUCACAUGCCACCACCAGCACGCUCGAUCCCACAUCGUCGCGCGACAGAACAAAAACGCAGACGCAGGACGAAUUGCUCGGCGCCCUCACUGCCAUCCUCGACGAGUAUCAGGACCAAGCGCAUCUCCUCGACCCUUACUUGCACUCCAUCGUCUCGCCUCCCGUCGAGGCCCUCCAGCGCCAUGUCCGCGCCCUCUCUGGCUCCAGCGCCGCCGAUUCAUCCGACCUACCUCCUGCGGAAUCGAUAGCAAGGCUCAGUAAGCUCGUGUACGCAUACACCAAGGUGCGCGGCUACAAGACUAUUGUGCACUACUUCCCACACGAGGUGGCCGACCUCACGCCCACCCUCGCCUUCCUCGAGCAUCUGCGCGACCAUGCCGACGACGACAGCGCCGAAGCGGCGUCUAGCUGCUGGCAAGUGCGAUACGUGUGCCUGUUGUGGCUCUCGCUCAUCUGCAUGAUCCCCUUCGACCUGGCCAAGUUCGACUGUGCACGUCAGACGGCCGACCUUUCGACGGCGUCGCGCAUCGCCUCGGUUGCGCGGCACUUCCUCGCGAGCCCGGGCAAGGAGCGCGACGCUGCUGCAGUCGUCCUUGGCAAGCUGUUCCAGCGUACCGAUGUCCAGCGUGGAUCCCACUUUGCCGCCUUCCUCGAUACCAGCGCCAAGGCGUUGGCGAGCGAGACGUCCAACUCGUUCGAGGCCACGGGCAUCCUCCAGGCGCUCUGUCAGGUGGUUAAGACCGCCGAGCCCGCCUUUGUCGCCGAGCACUUUACCCCCAUCCAGGCCAUUGCAGAGUCGUACGCAGCUCCCGCUUCGGCCUUGGAGCGCAACGGACUGGUGGCCAAGUUCCGCACCAAGCUCACCGGUCGGCUGGCGGUGAAGCUGCUGCGACCGCGUGCGCGGCGUGGUGCCAACAAGCUGCACAUGCUCGGGCCCGAGACGGAAUCAGCUAGUGGCAACGCGGAGGAAGAUGACGACGAGUCGGACGUGCCGGAGGAGAUCGAAUCGUUCAUAUCGGUGCUCAUCGAGGCGCUGCAGCACAAUGACACGGUGGUGCGGUUCAGUGCAGCCAAGGGGCUUGCGCGCGUAUGCGACCGUCUCCCCACGAGCUUUUUGGAUCAGGUGGUCGAGGCGAUCGUCUCGCUGUUCCAGAUCAACAUCCCGGACCCCGACGCGGGCACGCUCGAUCUGAGCGCCGUGUCCGAGCACACAUGGCAGGGGACAUGCAUGGCGCUUGCCGAGCUGGCGCGUCGUGGGCUGUUGUUCGCCGGCACGCUCGCCGAGGCGCUGCCGUGGAUGCUGCGCGCGCUGCUGUUCGACGUGCGCCGCGGCGCGCACUCGGUGGGCGCUAAUGUGCGCGAUGCGGUGUGCUACGUCGUAUGGGCGCUGGCGAGGUCGAACGAUACCCAGUCCAUCCGCCCGCACGCGAUGGAUCUGGCAUGCAGGCUCGUGGUCGUUGCAACGCUCGACCGCGACGUGUCCAUCCGCCGUGCUGCAAGCGCCGCGUUCCAGGAGUGCGUCGGCAGGCUCGAGCUCUUCCCGCACGGCAUCGACGUGAUCCGCAUGACGGAUUUCUAUGCGGUCAGCGUCCGACGCACUGCGUUUCUCGAGUGCGCGGUGGGCGUGGCGCAGUUCACCGAGUACAGACCGUUUGUCGUCGACCACCUGGUGGACGUCGUCACGGUGCACUGGGACGCGGCCAUGCGCAGACUCGGUGCCCAGGCGCUGGCGCGCAUCGCUGUAGCGCACCCCGAAUCGCUCCUGGAGCUUACGCAGCGUUUGGCGCCUCGUAUCACCACGGGCGAUACGGCAGUGCUGCACGGUACACUGCUGAGUCUCGCCGAGACAAGCGCCUUGUCGCGCACGCUCACUGGCGGUGUGGGCGAGGCGAUGCGCGCGCGCGCGUUUGGACUGCUCGACCUGGUGCGUCCAAGUGCGUUCCGUGCGCUGGGCGCUGCAUCGCUCGUCCAAGCCGCCUGCCAGCUCAUCGGCGCCGCACAUGGGCCCACGCUCACCACCUCGCCCAACGAGACGCAGACGUGGGAGAAGGUGCUCAAUCUCGCUCUCGCGCGGCCCGAAGAGUCCGUUCAUACCGCCGCUGCCGACGCCAUCGCCAACCUCGGCAGCACUGUCGACCUUACCGCCAAGAUCCACUCGACCAUCGAGGCGUGGUCGCAUCUUAGCGUAGCGCAGCAGCAGAGCAAUGCGCUCCUCCUAGGCGCUGUGGACUACACCGCACAAGCACCUUUCGACGCUGCCGUUGCACACCUCAUCGCAAUCGGCCGGGCCGGUACCAAGGACGCUCCGAACGCGCUGUAUGCGGUGAAUAUCGAGACGAGGCGGAAUGCGGCCGACAGUCUGGCGCGUGCGGUGCUGGGACUCGGAGACAGCUUUGCGCGCGUGUGUACCGCCGCGACGCUGCGCUCGGUCGUACAAGCCAUGCUAGCUGGGCUGACCGAUUAUACGAUGGACCAGCGCGGCGAUGUGGGGUCGUGGGUGAGGCUUAGCUGCAUCGUUGGCCUGCGCGAUGUGCUGGUGCGAUUCCAGACGCUGCAGCUCGACGUCGACGAAUGGCUCGGCGACGCUUUUCACAGCGUCGUGGCCGCGUUGUGGAAACAGGCUGCGGAGCGCAUCGAUCACGUGCGCUAUACUGCGGGCACGAGCGUGCUGGCGAUCUACGGCGCCUACUCCUCCUCGAACGGCCUACGACCGCACGGUUACGACGUCGUCCAGUCCACCUACGGCGACCUGGAUGACGAGGUGGAGGAGCGCAAGUUUAGAGAGGCCAAGGCGGCGUUUCCGCUUAUCGUCCACUUGCUCCGCGUACAGGCCUACCGCGCGCCCAUUCUCGAGGGCCUCGUGGUGAGUGUGGGAUCGAAAACCGACUUGGGCGAACGGAUCAUCGGCCCGGCACUUUGCCAACUCACGACUGGAUCGGCGUAUGCGCGGUCGGAGCUGUUGGGCGAUCUGUUCCUGCUGGCCAAGCGAUGUUUCGGCGACAACAGGGUGUUCGUUCCCGCACUGCACACGGUCAACCUCGUGCUCGAGGGUGGAGAGCCCCAACCGGUGGCAGAGCAGGUGGUCCGGCUCGUACGCAUGGCGACAUCGGGUGUCCAGCGGAUCAAGAGCAUCCUACGACUCACGGCAUCCGCAAGGCUGGCGGUCAACCUUCUCCUCACCCAGCCAGAAAAGCAGCCCGGUGCGCGAGAAAUGCUGCUGGAAAGUGUACCGCUCUUCUUGGCACAUGCUUUUCCGACCGUACGCACUGCAACCGCAGAACAUCUCUACGCCAUCCUCUCGUCCACGCUCGAUCUGGACACCGACGCCAUUGCAGACACGUGGACGCAGCUCGAGUCCGCCCUGCUCGACACGGAUUGGACCGUCCCACCAUCCACUACCACCAUUGACGCCGUCACAAAGCCCCUGCAUGAGCUGCUCGCAUAG